GGUCAAGGGCAGAGAUACAGCGAGUCCACUGGCCGAAAACCCACGUAAACUGGCCACAGCUCGGCUUUUGACGGCAGUGGGAAUGUAACUACAACCGAAUGGCUCGACGGUCACAGUACUGAAUAUCCGAAUGUCAGAGUAACAUUACAGUCAUGAACUGGUUCUAACCGGAAAGGUAGGAUACCAAUUCGCGAUUUAAGGGAGUUACAUCGCGAAUUGGAACAGAAAUAUGGCUGCCGAGACAGAGCUCACGAUGAGUCUGCGCCUAUGGCUGUUGAGAGAAGUGCGUCACACUGCUGGGUUAGCAUCGCGCUGUGUCUGCUGGCGUGCGCGUCUGGAGGUGAGUCUGCUCGAGCCUUCUACUCAGGAACAUACGGAGACCAGAGAAACAUCCCAGCUAAACCUGGAGACAACAUCACUCUGUCAUGUCGAGCUCCCAGCAGCACCAACAUCAUAGUUGUAGAGUGGAGCAGAACUGACCUGGAACCACAAUAUGUCUUUAUGUACCGGGACGGGCGACCUGUUCUAGAGAGCCAGCAUGAGUCUUUUAAGGACCGGGUGGAGCUGGAGGACAGUGAGAUGAAGGACGGAGACGUGUCUUUGGUUCUGAGGAAUGUGACGAUUAAUGACAGUGGAACAUACGAGUGUCGUGUCGUCCUGGGAAAAACAACGCGCAGGAAGAGAUCAUAUCUAAACAAUGAGCCCAUCAGCACCAUCUACCUGGAUGUUAAACUAGGUUCCACUGGAGGACGCACCGGGGAGGGAGGAGCCAAGGAGGGAGGAGAUGAGGAGGGAGGAGCCAAGGAGGGAGGAGACGAGGAUGGAGGGAACACUGAUAGAAACCAUGGACUGGCAGUUG